ACUGAUCGAACAAAAGCCCUGGAACUUGAACGAAAGCCGCGUGAGCUGCUUUUUUGUGUGCGCAGCUGGGAGAAGCACCGUUUUGGUCAUUCCAUCGCCGGCCGAGAUCUCUUCGCUUUAACUCCGUCGUAGGUCGUCGUCAUGUCUCAGGUUGAUAAUCGAAACUCUUCAGCGGCCAAGCGUGCCCGUACUGAUGGUAGUCGCAGGGAAGAUGAUUGGACGUGCCCUAGCUGUGGCAAUGUCAAUUUCUCUUUCAGAACAACAUGUAAUAUGCGUAACUGCACUCAACCCAGGCCUGCAGAUCAUAAUUCGAAAUCUGCUGCCAAGCCUCUACAAGCUCCCCAGGGUUAUACAUCCUCCACUCCUUAUGUUGGUUCUGGUGCUCCCUCUUCAAUGUAUCUUGGUGUUCCACCAUAUGGGUCUUCUCUAUUCAAUGGGUCAUCAAUUCCUCCAUACGAUGUUCCAUUUUCUGGAGGAUCAGCGUAUCACUACAAUUAUGGAAGUCGUCUUUCUGCUGGCAGUCCUUACAGACCACUGCAUUUAUCUGGACCAGUACCGUACUCAAGUGGAUCCAUGUUGGGAAAUGGUGGCAUGUAUGGAAUGCCCCCUCUGGUGGACCGGUAUGGCCUGGGUUUGCCGAUGGGACCUGGAACUAUGGGCCCUAGGCCAGGGUUUUUUCCUGAUGACAAGUCUCAGAAAAAAGAUGCAACUCGUGACAAUGACUGGACAUGUCCAAAAUGUGGCAAUAUCAACUUCUCAUUCCGAACAGUAUGCAACAUGAGAAAGUGCAACACACCAAAGCCUGGAUCACAGGUUUCUAAAUCAGACAAAAAUUCUAAGCAAAAGAUGCCUGAGGGCAGUUGGACGUGUGAAAAAUGUAACAACGUAAACUACCCAUUCAGAACCAAGUGCAAUAGACAGAAUUGUGGUGCUGAUAAGCCAACUGAGCCCAAUAAAUCUCCUUCAGCGGCAUCAGAUCAAAAUGAUCAGUGAGUACUAGGACAUGUUUGAGGGUUGAGAAGGUCCAGAGUUGUCAUCCAGCAUUGCUCAGUAAGGGUGUCUGACUGUCAGUCUUGUCGUCCUCUUUGUUGCAGCAGUUGUCAAGUCACUCACCUUCUCAUGACCUGUGUCAAAUUGUGUAUUAAUUGAUGGUAUUGGUCUUUGUGGAUCAUUAUGAUGCAUGUGUCAGCCAGCUUGCCUGGCAUAAUUUGACAGGUUGGUUUUGGUAUCUCUCAGAUAGGUUUUCUGUACUUUCGGAAUCAACUAUUAUUCUAGUGGGUAUGUUAUCAUAUACAUUUAGGUAAGGUACCCAGAGGCAGAAAGGUUAAUGACAGUUCCAGUUUUCUAGUUCUUUUUUCUUUUGGUUCUUGAUUGCCUA